AUGACCGAGUACAAACGAACCAACCGUACCAAGAAAACAAAGAUCCUGCGCUGUUUCCCGCACUGCUGUCCUAAGCACGUCAAUCGCAGCUAUUGUGGCUCAUCACUUCGUGUGCGCGUUGAAAUUGUCAACUCUGCACGCCUUCACGCACAGCCACAAAACAAGACGACUGAAGUUAUUGAAAGCAAUCCUUCAAAUUUACUGGUGUAUGGGCACUUCGAAGAAGCACACACACAGUUUUUGGCUAUCAACGAUUUAAUCGACAAUAGAAUUGUGACUGACUUCAUUCAAACAGAGCAGACACCAAAGGGUACUUGGAUUGGGGGUACUGUCGUGAGCGACUCCGUUACUAAUCGCGAAUGCAUAUUCCAACUUAACCCUGGUGCACGUUGGUAUUACGAAUGGGAAAGUGCAGCUACUAAGUCUCAACGCUUCACAAAACACGCACUUCGAGUUUACAUUUUUGAGCGUGUCUUGUCGAAGUUUCGCGUGCUAGGCCUGGUUUCCUCAACCGAUUUCAUGAUCGUGUCUUAUCGACGGUCUACUGCUGAAUUAAAUGCUGGACACGAAGCCUUCGAGGUCUCGCGCGCAGUCCAGCAAAACAUCAAUUCAGAUGGCAAUGAAGACGGAAAAAAUCGCGCUGCAAUAGCAAGCAAAGUAUCAAAUGUUGAGCAACCCUUACAUUCAACCUUCAAAGAAGACAUAUGGCAGAGCUGUAUACUGUGGGAAUACAGACAUCCGGACAUUAUGAGAUCGUCAAAGCAGCUUGCUAUUCUCUUUUACUUUGUAAACCAUGUGAGCGCAUUGCCGUACAAAACCUGUUUGCAGCAACUUCGUAACAAAUAUAAAAGACAAAUUGAAGACUUCAACUCAGAGACAAGCUAUGGGGCUGCAAAGGGCAUUGGCGCUGGUCACCACGUCAUUGCAUCGCUAUCGUGGACGUUUCUCAAUUCUCUUGAACGUUUGCACUGUGCUACAUACAGAUAUCAAAACAAUCGCAAUGCUAAAGUUGGAGAGGAAGUUUCGCUUACGCAACUGGUUGAGAUCUGCACUGGUCUGGUGGUGUGGCUCGCACUUGACAAUGACAAUUUGAAAAUCUAUCGCUCAAUAUUUCAAUCCUCUGGCACAGCGCUUCUCGAUUUAACCAGGUUACGUGCUGGAUACGUAGAGACUGUUGCGAUGAUAUGUAAGCUUGUGAAUCGCUACUUCGAUGACCCAGUUGACUCUCUGCCACUUCUAUGCGAAGAAAUUGUUACCGCCGUGUUUCAAAACGAACAGUUGAAGCUACUGCGACGUGAGCUGUUGGACCUUCUCUCGUCCAACACAAUGCAUGGAAUGCAAGAUUUCGUGGCACAACUUCGAGCGCAGUAUCUACUGCAGCAGAGUUGCUCAGCCCCACAUUGCAAUUUUCUACCACAGCAAAAAAAACAAUACACUUCUGCUUUUGAUGGACUCUGGGUCUUCAAUGGACACGAAUCUCUGAUCACACCAACGAAAGGAUCAAACGCGAAUGAUGUAUCGCUAGGAAAACUUAUAACUUUCAUGUGUGAGCUCGCUCGAGUCAGCAUUCGCCCAGUGGAUUGUCAUUCGCUUCAGAUUUUCUCUGAAUGGAAUGUCUGCAAUGUCAACGAAAGCAAAAGUCCGUCGACAACUGAUAGUAUUGCCGGUCUGAAACUUGUGCUGGACAACCGACAAAGAGUAUUUAGCAACUUUCCAAGCGGUGUCUCAAGCUCAAUAACUCAUUGCGGGCAGCACUUUGGUGACUAUUGCGGAAAGCUAAUUUCGCCUAGCAAUUUCGCAAUAGAACUGCAUUCUUGGCCAGCGAAAAGCAGUAUAGUGCAUCAAGCACUUCGUUAUAAGCUUGAUAUUGGUAUGAAGACAACUCGUGAUAUUCAACAUUCUAAUAGAAGAGCAAGAAGCCUUUUGGUGAAAGCCGUCGUCGAGGAGGGCGUUUGGCGGGCAGAUAUUAGUAUUCAAGGUAUGAAGUUUCAAGUGAUGCCUUUUAAGCGAAAGACUGCGUCAGUAAAGGCAUGGAAUUCCGUUUACGAAAUGUUAGGUGUUUAUGACCGUAUCUGUUAA